AAUGUUUAGAGAGCAUCUCUACAUAAGAGACAAUGGAGGUAAGAGUUAUUUUAUUCAAUAGAUUAUUCAAUAAUUACAAACAUAAAAAAUAAAUUUAGAAGCUCAUAAACAUUUAGUUGAAAAAGCGGAUUUAAGCAAGUUUGGAUCAAAAAAGAAGAGCUCUAAAAAAAAUGAAAUUAUGAAGAUCAUAAAAUCAAUUGAUGAUAUGAUUAACUAAUAAAAAAAAGACUUUGAAGGUGGUGAUGAUGGAAAUGAUUAAUCAGAUUCAGGAAGAAAGAGAUAGCGUAAUAAAAAUAAAUCAUAAGAAAUAUCUGAUUUAUCAAUUUUUGAAUUAAAAGAAUGGCUUGUUCUCUCUUCAUUUGGUUUAGUAGGUGUUUUACUUUCAUAUAUAAGUAAAUUAUGUUUUAUAAUAUUUUUAGUUUGUUGUGUUCCUGAAAGAAAUAAAAAAGAAAAGAAAGAAAAAAAGAAAGUUAAAGCAAAAGAAUUUGAUGCAGAUAAAUCAUCACCUAAAAGAUAGGGAGAAAAAAAUUCAUCUGAAGAUGAAUCCUCUCCAAAAGAAGGUGUAGAUAAUAAAGACAAAGAGAAAGUAGAGUGAAU